AUGAUCGUUCGCAUCCGUUCCAAGGAUGGCAACUUCCGCUUCGACCUUCAGCCCAGCGAUGACGCCUCCACGCUCAUCCAAAAGGCGCUCGAGACCAUGCCAAAUGCGGAUCCAGAGUCGCUCACCUUUUCGAAUCAGCCAAGAGGCGGCGAAUUUGCAGCCAGCACGCUCAAAGGAAGCACGUUGGCAGAGCUAGGCAUCGCUCACGGCCAUCUUCUGUUUGCCGCCUACAAGGAGGCAGCUUCCAGCGCCACUGCUUCCGCCAGCAUCGAUGCCGCCACUUCCUCAACCACAGAAGCAGAGUCGUCAUUUGCAGCUGCUGCCGCCUCAUCGUCGCAAUCGCAGCCGGCCUCGUCAGCACCACGUCCAAAGAAGCCGUGGGAGACUGUAAAGGAACACAGUGUCGAUACCUACUGGGAGGCACAGGAGGGCAAGAUCACCCGCAAAAAGGACUCGACCUUCUGCCGCCAUGGUCCGAAGGGCAUGUGUGACUACUGCAUGCCGCUUGAGCCCUACGACUCCAAGUAUCAAGCCGAAAACAGCAUCAAGCAUCUCUCCUUCCACGCAUUCUUGCGCAAACAAGAUAUCGCCACCAACAAGCCAUCCCAGUCCUUCAUCCCACCACUCGAAGAGGUGAACUACACCGUCAAAAAGCCCUGUCCUUCCGGAACCCAUCCCAGCUGGCCUGCAGGAAUCUGCACCAAAUGUCAGCCUUCUGCCAUCACGCUCCAACGACAACCUUACCGCAUGGUCGACCACGUCGAGUUCGCACAUCCUGAUCUCAUCGAAAACAUCCUCACCUUUUGGAGGAGCACAGCAACCCAGCGAUUCGGCUUCCUCCUUGGACGCUACGAGGCAUAUCCGGAUGUGCCCAUGGGAAUCAAAGCCGUCGUCGAAGCCAUCCAUGAGCCCCCACAGGAAGGUGAGCUCGACGGCUUGACCCUCGGCGUGCCCUGGGAGGAACAGCCGCGUGUCGAGAAACUCGCCAAACUCUGUGGACUCGAGUUUGUCGGCAUGAUCUACUCGGAUCUGAGCCCCGCUGAUCCCACACACCAAGACCCCUCUCUCGCAGGCAAGGUCGUCUGCAAACGACACAAGGACAGCUUCUUCCUCUCUGGAAUCGAGACCAUCUUUGCUGCUCAGCUCCAGCUUGGCAACCCCAAUCCGUCUCGCUUCAGCUCUACAGGUCGCUUCAACUCCAAGUUUGUCACCUGCAUCCUCAGCGGUACCGAGGAAGGCGCCAUCGACGUGUCGGCGUAUCAGAUUAGCGAGCAGGGUAUGGGCAUGGUCCAGGCCGACAUGAUCGAGGCCAGCGUCAACCCCAACAUCAUCCGCGUCAAGCCCAGCGAAGGCGAACGAUACGUCCCCGAAGUCUUCUACCGCUACACCAACGAAUACAAGAUCGACGUCAAGGAGAGCGCCAAGCCCACCUUCCCCGUCGAGUAUCUUAUCGUCAAUGCUACUCAUGGUUUCCCAAACGCACCCAACCCGGCUUUCCUCAGUUCCAAGUUCCCCAUCGAGAACCGUCCCGGCCUCCACGAUCAGGAUCUUACCGUCGCAUUGACCAGUAUUGGCAGGAUCGUCGGCCACAAGGAGCUUUUCCCCAUUGGGGAUGGCGUCGAGAGCACCAAGGGCAAAUCACGAGCCGACGACGAUCAGGUCCGUCAAAAGCUCGUCGGGGCUCUGAGCGACUGGCACCUGCUCGCAUUCCUCGACACCAGCGGUUUCCUCGAUCAAGACGACAUGGCUGCGCUCUGCCGUCUGGCUACCACGCAUGACUCUGGUGCUGCUCUUGAUGCUCUUCUCCUCCGACCCGGCUGGCAGACGCUCAUGGCACUCGCUCGCGAGCACGUACCCAUGUCGACAAGCGAAGCAAAGGCACCCGAGCCGCCCAAAGACCAGUUCACCUACGACGGUGGCAUGGACUCGGACGAGGACGUAGGGUACGAUGAUGCCAACGAGGACUUUUAUGACGAUGGCGAGGGGGACAACGACGACGAUGAAGUGCACGUCUCGCACGUUCGUCGUGCGUCUGCCAGGAACGACACUAGCGAUGCUGAUGCUGCUACCGCUGCGGCGAUUGCAGCAGCAGCAGCUGACGACGGACCAGCAGGCGUCAAGGUGUGCUCCCACUGCACGUAUCACAAUGAGCCGAGUGCCUCAGACUGCGAGAUCUGCGGUCUUCCCCUGUGA